AUGUCGACAGCUAGUAGGUCAUUCGCAUUUAAUAUACUCGUCGUCAUAGCUUUGAAAGGUAAGUACAUCCUACUACUAUUGUGUCUCGAAAACCAAGGCGUUUGUUUUCACAGCAAAAAUCAAAAUUCAAGUACGUGGUUGCAAUUGUUUCUUUAAUAAAACAUCGAUCACUGGGCGAAGUAGUAAAUGCGAUGGUCAUUAGUCUUUGACAAAACUGCAGCCCAGUAAUUGCUGUAAGCUUACAGAGCUACAGUAAAGACCGAAAUUCCAUUAUAAAAAGGUAUGAUAACUAAGCAGUAGUCUUAACCAACUAUCAAGGAAACUCAAAAGAAGUCUGGGACCCUGACCGAUUUAAAAGCAAUAAAGAUGAAAGAUCUAUUUUAUUCAGUCACUUGCUAUUGUCUUGCGGACUCAGAGGUCAUCUCGAGUGCCUUGGGGCUUUUGUAAAAAUAGAAAAGAUAACGAGGAAUACAUAGAUCGCUAUAUCCAUGUUUUUAACUUAAAGUGGAAUCGAUAAUAUUCAAAACCAAUACUUGCUUAACAAGCGAAUACACCAGGGGUCAAUCCAAAAUCCCCCUCUGGCAAUUGUUUUGAAAAGGAAAGAGUUUACCGCUUGUAAGUAGACAAGUGUCUCUAUAAGUUCCAUUAUCGUUAUGUCUUCUUUUCAAUCGUUUAUUUUGAUGUUGUUUACAAUAUCAACUUUUUCAGACAAUUUCGACUCAACCUGCGUCAUCGACAAAAACAAACAAUACAAUAACAUGAAAAACAUCUACAUCAAAUCGCAAUAACUAGAUUAAAAGCUUUUGUUCGUUCAUUUAUUUAUUUAUUCAUUCAUCCAUUCAUUCACUUAUUGACCUUCGUUCACAGUUAAGGUUAAACGACACUCUUAACGGUUUGGGCUGAAAAGAGUUUAAAAGCUAUAGGUCAAGCUUUAGUCAGAUUUAGUUGCUUGACCGGAUUGGAAAUUGACUUCUGUCUAUUAUCUUUUCUUUUACUUACAAAUUAUUUUGUUUCCCUGCCUUUUUUUUUUUCUUUAGGUGCUCGUGCUGAAGACGUGAAUGUUUGUCCAAAAGAAAUGGUCGAAUUGUAUUGUCCUCCUCUUGAGCCAGCCAUCCGGAACGGAGAUUACAGAGAACUCAUCUGGAAAGUCGCCGACCCUGGUGACAAAUCUGAACGAGAAAUAGGUUAUUGUGAUGAAAAACUCAGCUGUACCAGAUAUAAUUCCCUGGGAAACUUUGAGAAACGUAUCACGAUCGAUCGUCCUGUAAAUGGAACAUUGUACGUGGAGCAGCGGAUCAAGGAUGACUUACUGACAUUCACAUGCUCUGUGCAAAGAAAACACAACAAACACCCACUCGUUUACCAAGUAAAUGUUUCCUCUUCCGUGAAUUGUAAGUGGAAUUUGAUGGGUAUUUUCUUUUCUUGUUUUUACUUUUAUCCCUCAGUUAGUGCGCGCACUGUGAUUGGUUGGCGGUUUAGCGGGCCGGAUCAAUCACUGUAUAUAUACGGCCCGAAAAUUUGAAGGUUUGCUUUCAGUUUGGUUGCAAUUUAAUUGUGAGCUUAAGACCAUAAUGAAUAUUAUAAUUGGGGUUAAAGGAAUGUUUUUGACGACUUAAAGUCACAAUUUUGGUCACUCCUGUUUAUGAGUUGACGCACUUAGAUCAUCAACAGCCGUCCUGCUUGAAUUGAAAGAUAAAUACUAUUUUUCUCGAUCUGUACUGAAAGUUACGGAACCUUGGGCCAUUAAUCCUAGCAGAAAUACAACAUCUUGCUCUGAUUGGCUGAUAGUCACUAUAGUUCCAAACGUAUUAAAAUCGCUUUCAGCUCUGCAUUCGAAAUGUUUUUCAUCGAUGGAAACUUGAAAGAGGUUGCGUUUGUAGGCUGUAAAUUUCAAGCCAAAUUCUGCAAUUUUGUUGGCCUAUUUGAUUCAACCAUCCACUUGAGAAAAAGUUCCCAUGUUGCCGUGCGACUGUUCAGAAAUAGACCAAAAUAGAUCACAGAUAACGUCAAAAUGUGGUACGAACAUGGAACACGAGGCACAGGCGAGUGUGGAAUCCCUGCUAAAUGGGCAUGUGGGCCUGUGGUCCAAGUGAGCAAAGGCUGUUAAAAUGCAUGAAUGUUUUCGUACUUUGAUCAAGGCUUUAUUUUCAUCUUUUCAGGCCUGACUUUAAUUGCAAAUCAAACUUUUAACCUCAGCGGGGCACUAGGUAAAAUGGUCUCCAUAGGUAACAAUCAAGACAUGUGGUGGUACUGGAUCAAACGCGAUGGAAAAGCGCAGAAGAUUGCAUAUUGUAACUCCGAGUCGUGCGUGUUCGACGAGUGUAACAGUACCUGUCAAUCAAGGCUCAGGAUUGACGGAGCGACACUGGAAUUGACGGAAGUUAGGGAAGAAGACCGUGGUUUGCAAUUACAAUGCCAAAUAUUUCCCAAAUUCCAGGUGUACAAGAUGAAAGUCAGUGUUGUACUGCCAAAAGGUCAGUCCAACUUACAUCACAGAUCGCGAAUAAAUAAUUUUAAGGGGGGGGGGGUCUUUUUGUUGUUUUUUUUUUGGGGGGGAUGGGGUUUAUUUGAGAAGGAAAGAAAUUAAGGUAGAAAAGGUAUACAAAUAAACCGGUUAGUCUCCUAAUGAGCUUAAAUUAAGGCACCCUGUUUUGAUGGUAGACUAUCUGGUAUAAUUAUUUGUCUACUAAUUAUUCUCUUCCUUUUUUUAAUUUUAACAACCCCCAAAUCCAGUAUUUUCCAUUUUCUAUAGUUUCAAUCAUUCCCCCAUUUCUAUCGAUUUCAUCUGGAUAGGCAUUUAUUGCUGAACUAAAUAUUUCUUUUUUUUAUUGACCUAGACUCUGUUAGCAGCACAAGUAGUACUCAUGGCAAGAAUGAAAAGGUGCCUUCUAACAACACUAAGACGACUUCCGAAACAUCAAGAAAGAGCAAAGCUGGGACCUAUGGUACACAAAACUCGGCAAGCAGCAGGACCUUAUUAGCGUUUUUGUCAAUUCUGAUCACUUCAUUUGGAGUUUAG